AUGGUAAACCGUCAGCGGAGUCCCGUCAAACCAGGAUGGGCAGCACAGACGGCUGUUCAAGAAGUCGAUGAAGCGACUCCCUUGUUUCCUGCACCAACAUCAACAUACGAGGCAGUCAAUGGUGCUUCGCAAGAUCCCGAGCGGGGAGAUGGGUCCGCGAAAGACCACUCAACGCCGAAACGAUCGCUGGUGACAACCAUUUCCAUCUUGUUGAUCGGUGUCUUCAUCUCCCAAGCAGACACAUCGCUGGUGUUAGCCACCUACGGCAAGAUCUCGUCAGAAUUCCACGACCUCGAAAGCGGCUCCUGGCUCCUUUCAAGCUACAUGCUAGCCAUGUGUAUAUCGCAACCACUUUUUGGAAAGCUAAGCGACAUCUUUGGGCGAAAGUCGUGUUUGCAGGUAGCCUAUGUCCUCUUCGCGAUCGGAACGCUCGGUUCAGGACUGGGCCGGUCAAUGGCUCAGAUCAUCGCUGCUCGUACAAUUCAGGGUGCUGGUGGCGCUGGUAUGGUGUGCAUGGUGUCGAUCUUGUUGACUGAUCUGCUGCCCUUCCACGAAGUCGCGCUAUACCGAAGCUAUGUCAAUGUGGUGCAGACAGUAGGAAGAAGCUGUGGCGGCGUGAUUGGGGGGCUUCUUGCUUCCACGAUUGGCUGGCGCUGGGCCUUCCUGGCACAAGUUCCUCCAGUCAUUCUUUCGAUUGUCUUAGUCCAGUGGAAGUUGGAUGUUCCGCAGAAGACUUUCAAACCGGGGUACUGCGAAUCCACUCGCGACAAGUUACGACGUAUCGACUUCAUCGGAGCGGUGUGCAUGAGUAUAACGAUCUUCACUGCGCUGCUCGUCCUGGACACUGGCGGCCAGAAAUACGAUUGGAACCACCCCGUCAUCGUCACAUCCGCUUGCGUUGCUGUUAUCGGCGCUGGAACGUUUGUCGUAUACGAACGGUACUUCGCGAAAGAGCCAAUCUUUCCUGCCCAACUACUCACCCGCUACGUUGUUGGCACUUCUUAUGGAAUCCUUCUCCUGCAGAACUUUUCUCAGACCGCAGUAAGACCCAGCAAUUGUGGCUGA